CUCCUCCUGAUCGACGACAUUCUCGAUGAGCUCGCUAUGAUACGCAGAGUCCAGGAGGAGAAGGAGCUGGUUUGCAGGGAUCUCAUGGAGUUUGAGGAAAAAGAGGAGCAGAAUAAGUUGGAGCGCUGGAUGAAGCAGGCCCAGAUGAAAUUGAAGCGCCUAGAGGAGGAUGCACAGAGGGUUAGGAAGUCGCUUGUCACUCUUCUGGACUUGCGGCAGCGCCAGGUCAAUGCGGAAGGGGUCGUCAACUCGGAGCUGCAGUCUAAAAUCUUCGUUGUCUUCACAGCAGCGACGGUGGUUUUUACGCCCUUGUCAUGGAUCUCGAGUCUGAUGGCUUUAGAUAUUGUCGACUUCAGCCCACCAGAUUCACAGCCAUGGAGUCGGAAUCAGGCCUUGGCAGCGUCCCUUGUCACCAUGGCUGCCUCUGUCGUGCUCAUCCUUCUGUGCCUCCUCGGAUGGCGUUGGUAUGAGAAGAUAAGUUCUAGUGUACAACAUGAGGACCCAUCUACCAUCUACGGAUCAAGUCGAUUGUGGAAGAGAGCAUUGCGAUCUAUCGGACGACGGAAAGAAAAGGACGCCGUCAUCAGACCACAUUCGUGAUGCUUCCUUGUGUUUUGCACAGCUCAAUCGUUUGCAUCUCGAUGGGCUGCCUCUAUGUAUGUACAUAAAAAUUACAAGAUAAUUUG